GUGCUGAUGAUGGGGGAACCCUUCUUCGACUGUCAGAUCGGCAUCGUGGGCGUCCGGGCGCUCUGCCUGAAAGGCAUCAUGGGAGUGCGGGACUUUGAGGAGAACUUGAACAGACGGGAGGAGGAUGCAGUGUUCUUCAGCUGUGGAGAGAGUCUGAGCAGUAAAGGCAUGACCUACCUGACCAACUCCCUGUUCGACUACCGCUCUCCAGAGAACAACGGGGUCAGAGCAGAGUUCAUCCUGGAUGCCACCAAUCACAAGGAGACCUACACAGAGAUAUCAGGCAUGCAGCGCUUUGGGGCCUUCUACAUGGAUUACCUCUACACAGUGGAGACCAGCAGCACCAAGGUGUGUGUAGGGCAGCAGGACUUCACCAUGGCGACAGGGCCUAAAGAAGAACCGGUCCCCCCUGUCCAAGAGACGUCUGUCAAGAGGCUGGUGGUCGGACCUCUGGACUUACGGCUCAACAGCAGCGCCGUGCACCGCCUUCUCAAGAUGCUGGCCUGCGCCAUGGACCACGAGUACCAACCCUACUACAAACCACAACCAGACCCAGUGGAGGUGCCCCGGGCUCCAGCCUCCCAGGAGGAGGUAUCAGUGCUGGAGGAGUUUAUCCCUACCAGGCUGACCUGCCUCACCCUGCAGAAGGUCACUGUCACCCUCAACAUGGCCGAGUUCAACCUCCUACACACACUGAUUCCUGUCAUCAUGGGACAGAAGGCCCCACCAGGUCCGGUCAGUGUGCCAGUCUUCCAGGCGAUGCGGCCUCUGCCGGCCCUCAGGUUCCAGGUGGACAGCGUUAAUGUGGAGCACUCUGUUCCCAUGUUCGCCCCUGAGCUGAUCAACACCGUCUCCUCUCUCAGCCAGCCCUCUGAUAACCUGCUGCACCACUGUUAUACACACUGCUACCUCAAGGUGUUUGGAGUCCAGGCUGGUUUGACCUGUCUGGACAGUACAGGCGGUUUCCUCCCUCUGUCCCCUCUCAUCCCUUCCUUCAGUACAGCCCUCUAUGGCAAGCUGCUCCAGAUGCCUCAGUACUGGACAAAGCGCUCGUCAGUCCUGAUGACAGAGUGCAUUUUUGAGCUGCCCAACUUCACGGUGCAGGCCACGCGUCCCCAGAUCCUGCUCCUUCAGGCCAUGCUGCAGAGCUGGACACACAGCCUGGGAGACGGUUCCUACCCUGGGGUCAACGAGGCCCUGCUCAGCCAUGUCUACACAGCACCAGGUGUGAAGUCUCCGUCUCCUCCUCCUCCGACCCUGGAGGCCUCGGUCCAGAACGUAGAGCUGAAAUUCUGCAGCAGAGCCACGGGGAACUGCGUCGGAGGGACCGUGGGAGCUGUUAAAGUGUGUGCCAGGACCCCAGGUUCACCAGAGGGUGUGAAGGAGAAGCUGGUUCCUCUGCUCCAGGGUCCAUCUGACACUAAAGAGCUUCACCAGAGUCGCUGGCUCAAUGAGAUCCGUAAACCUGAGUCCCUGCUGGCCCCUGACCUCCUGACCUUCUCAGUACAGAUACCUCAGCACGGGGUCGACGGCCGUAACUCCUCUGGUAAGUCUGACGCCUCUAUCGCUACAAUACGCCAGCUGGUACGGUAGAGGAAACCUCUGGUUCUUCAGACCAGUUACGUCAUCUACCUCUCGUCUCCACGUCUAGUCCACAUUACUGAAGUCCUCAACAGGUCAUGUGAUCAGUCCUCCCUCCCGUCCCAACAUCUAGUCCACAUUACUGAAGUCCUCAACAGGUCAUCAGUCCUACCUCCUGUCUCCUUGGAGGGGGGGGGGGACAUAUUCUGCUAUUGUCCUUCAGUGUAUGUGUGGUACAGGAGACAGAGGUGGACUUGGAGGGUGGGGGGGGACAUAUUUUGAAGGUGGAUUGCUGCCCUCUCCGGUGGGAUGGAAGGAGUCAUGGUGGAUGAGGACUGUGGGUCGGUGUGACCUGAGUCAGUGGGAUCUGUUACUACGACCAGAGUAAGUGACACCUUGAAGCCCAGAGUUCCCAUGAUGCUUCAGGAGAGAGGAGGCGCAGUGUGUUCAGUUGCCUUUUUUUUUUAGUGCCAGCCAGAGACAGAGAGCAUUCUGGGAGAUGUUCCCGCCUGGAAAGACACAUCACCAUUAAAGGGAUCAAACUAGUUUCUUCUGGAACUUUCCGAAUCUGGUGAAUUCUUCUUUCUCCUCUCGUGAGGUCAUCUCAAAGCCUUCUUUAUAUGAACAGAGUCCAGUAAAGCAGCUCAAAAUGGACGUGUGGACAUUUGUUUAUGUCCAGGUGACUCAGUGUUUUGGACAGUUAUGGGACAGUCAUCGUAGAAACACAACACACAACAAACGUCCAGUUGUCCUCCGUCUUCCAGACCUGUGGAGACGUCCAGUUGUCCUCCGUCUUCCAGACCUGUGGAGACGUCCAGUUGUCCUCUGUCUUCCAGACCUGUGGAGACGUCCAGUUGUCCUCCGUCUUCCAGACCUGUGGAGACGUCCAGUUGUCCUCUGUCUUCCAGACCUGUGGAGACGUCCUGUUGUCCUCUGUCUUCCAGACCUGUGGAGACGUCCUGUUGUCCUCCGUCUUCCAGACCUGUGGA